CCUAAAAACCCGACGGCGGCGACGGCCGUACGAAAGUGGUCACAAUCUCUGGCCAUUACUGAUUUUUCCCCUUGGCACAGCGCGCAGGAGCACAGGAGGAGAAGCGCGAGUGCCUGUGCGAUGUAGAUGCUGCUCGUCGCGUCUCCGCCAGGGCGGCCAGGAUCGAGAGAGAGGGAGAGAGAGAGCUAGGCGCUGGAUCAAUCUGCUCGCCGGGGCAGGGUUUCCAUCCUUUCUUUUUCGUCAUUCCAAUCGCAUCCCUGGAGGGCCGCCUUUUUGCGCCGGGAGUGAUUCGCAGGGCAGGAUCGUCGCUGGGGCGGCGCUAGCAUCCGAUAUUUCGGGGGCGCAAUCGCGAAUUUUCUCGGGGACCGACAUUCUCUAGGUAGGGAGUGGAUGGAUUCUAGGAGCUCGCGGGCGGUGGGGGGGAUGGCAUCGGGAGCUCUGGCAGAGUUUCUUGCGCGCGUUUUGUGCUAGAUGCUGGAGGCCAGCAAGAGAAUGAGGAUGACUUCGGGCGAUCUAGGACAAAGUGGCUACAUCAGUAGCCCGAAUCUUAGCACAGUGAGCACGGAUGGUUCCAAGGAUCAGUUUCCUGUUGGUAUGAGGGUUUUGGUGGUUGACGACGAUCAAACCACGCUCACGAUUCUUGAGGCGAUGCUUCGCCGCUGUCGCUACAACGUGACGACGUGUGGCAAGGCGACUACGGCGCUAGCACUGCUGCGAGAGCAUAAGAACGACUUUGAUCUGGUUAUAAGCGAUGUCUACAUGCCAGACAUGGAUGGUUUCAAGCUGCUCGAGCUCGUGGGUCUAGAGAUGGAUCUUCCAGUCAUCAUGAUGUCCACCGAUGGAGACUAUAACAACGUGAUGAAAGGGAUCACUCAUGGUGCUUGCGACUACUUGCUCAAGCCGGUUAGAAUGGAGGAGUUGCGUAACAUAUGGCAACACCUAGUGCGGAAGAGAAAGAAUGAGGCGAGGGAGACUGAGACCUUAACUCCGGCCGAGGCUGAUAAACUCAAGGGCGGAGGAGGGGAUGACGUUGAGCACUUGUCGUCGGCGUGUUCGAAGAAACGAAAAGAUGUGAAGGAGGAGGACGAAGGUGUUGAUCAUGAUAGCGAAGACCCUUCGUCUUUGAAGAAACCACGGGUUGUUUGGUCAGUGGAGCUUCACCAGCAGUUCGUGAACGCUGUCAACAAGCUCAACAUUGAUAAGGCCGUUCCUAAAAAGAUCUUGGAGCUUAUGGACGUUCCUGGCCUUACCAGGGAAAACGUUGCAAGUCAUUUACAGAAGUACCGGCUGUACCUGAAAAGGAUCAGCGCUCAGCAACCGCAAAACUCAGCAGGUUUCUCGUUUGGUGGUGCCGAUGGUCCUGUUGAAGGGCGGGGCCACGGCUCAUUUUCAUUGCAAGCGGUCCCGGCAGUUCAGCAAGGAGUAAUUGGUAGGAUAGGCACGACAAACAAUUUGCCAGCGUCAACCGCACUCGAUCAGUCUGGUCUUCUUCAGCUCUCCGGCGGCGGACCGGUGUUUAGACCAAACAUGACACCGCCAGUUUUCGGGUCCCAGAACUCGUACUUCCCGGCUUUCUCAGGUGGAUAUCAGAUAGAACAGCAGGCUCCGCAGGUACCUCUGUAUGGACUAAACCCGAUCCAACAACAGGUUCCUGCAAAUGCCUCGCCAAAGCUACCGGGUAUGACCAACCUGGGACUAACUGGGACUUUUUGUCCGAAUCAAAACGGUUCUUCGAAUCCUCUCGUGGUACAGCUACUUCAACACCAAAGGCAGCAGCAACAGCAGCAGCCACCGAUAGGAAUUCCAGGGCCGGGCUUGGGACAACAGCAACGUACAGUCUUGAGCGAGAUAAACCUGGGAGUCAACACGGGGUUAAACGACGAGGUUGGCUACACUGGGCUAAACGCAGCGGUGAUGAGGAGCUCGGGUGCCAUGGAAAACAAGAACGGAGGCUUACUGGGUGUAGUGGAAAGCAACUUCUCUCCAGCGAGCCUGGGCGGUAUUCCUCCACUUCCACCCGUCGCCCCCGCCCCCAUGGUUUCGUUCGACGCGGCAGAGGUUGCGGCUGUCAAGGGAUUGAACCCAGGAGCAGUGGUUUCUUCAGCCGGCUUUGGAAUGCCGGUGUAUAACCAGAACCGGAGGCCUCAAGAGUGGGCGGGUACGCAGGAACAGCAACGACUGGAAGCUUGCAGCCCGGUGAUGAGCCCCCCGAGCUACAAUCACUCGGUCGGGAGCCACACUAACAAUUACAACGCGGUGGCGGCCGGGCAAGACGUUCAUCAGCAACACAAGAAGUUACUGGAGGACGAGAUCAUUGUGAAUCCAGGCACCGUGCGGAGCUUGCGAGAGAGCAGCGAGAAAUCAACCGCGGAGAGCUCCUUCAAGCCCAAGGUGGAAACCAUAUCGGACUCGUUGAUAAGUGCUAAGAUAGGCUUCCAGAUUGAUCAGCAACAGCAAGCUCCAGCUGCGGAUGAUCUUCUCAGCUUUUACUUGAAGCAGCAACAACAGGAAGAUAUGAGCUUUGUGGACAACGAUUUGGCAUUCGAUGGUUAUGUAGCUGAUAAUCUGUAUGUAAAGUGACCACUCUCCACUCCCACGCCCUCUUCCAUUUUUAUUUUUAUUUUUUUCUACAGUUUUCCUUCUAGGAAUUUGAGCUCCGAGUUAUUCCUGUGCAGGGAGCUGCGAUAGAAAUCCAGAAAAGAUCCUUGUUUUGCUCUUGGCUCUUCAUUUUAUAACUUUUUUCUUCUUAAUUGUCUUACUUUUGCUCUGUUUCCAAGUGAGGAAGUGUACCAUAAAUCUCUUGUGCUCAUGUAGAUCAAUUCCAUUUAUUUUAACUUUAAAAAUAAGAUAAAAAAUAGUUAUCUAUGA